AUUUUGUGACUUUUUUCAUUGAAAACCACGGGAAGGGAGGAGAUGGUUUUCUGGCUGUGUAAUGAGAACAGAUGAAUUCCACUACAUCCGAUCUAAAUGAGGAUUUUUUGCCUGAAUCCACAACGCCAUAUUUGUUUUACAAGUCAUUCUCCUCCAUACCAAAGAAAAAUGAGGUCGACGUUGUGGGAUUAGCAGUCGGUGUAUUUUUCUGCGUCAUGGGUGUGACGUUAGUUAUUUAUUGCAUCACAAGGGCGUCUGGAUGUUACAAUACUAGAAGACAACCAAGGACGGAGAUAAAAAUAACCUACUUUGACGAUGAUGCUGUCACCGCUUUAAGUUUACCCACAACUCAUGCAGACGACGAGACGACAUCAGCAGACGAUGACAAGCCUACAUUAGACACACUAAAAAUACCUUGUGAGCAAUUAAACUCUUUUCCGUCUCAGGGAUGCCCAGAGACCAAAUUGUUCGUAGACGAUGAUUGCUUUAUAUCUCACGGGAAAGUGUUGAAAAGUGAUACGAUACUUGGAUUGAAGAAAAUGGGGAUACUGUAGCGUUAUAAAUUUCUUAUUAAUUAAUUCAAUGUAAAGUGUUCAUUAAUAUUUUGAA